AUGCUGCGGCAGUCAUUGCAUGUGAUCCUCGCCAUCAGCGCCGUCUUGGCUGCCACACACCCCGAGGACAUCGAGGUGCCAUUGCGCCAGCUUCGUGGCGUGCGGUCGGAAAGCAAUGCUACUGACGAAGUCGCCGGCGAUGCUGACGCAAGCGACAUGACAGACUCGACAGCUACUUCGGCUACUUCACCGGUGCUGGCAUCGAACGGCACCGUCAGCACCGACGAGGAGACUCCAGAGACGCCUCAGGCAGAAAGCUCCGACACGGUUCAGAUUUACGUGCCCGACCCGUCUCAAGCCGUCGAAGACAGUGGCGACGAUGAUGGGGAGACGAUCAGCAAAAUCAACGAGACCUUGAAACAGGAGCAGAGAGAGGAGGAAGAAGGUGGCACUUGCUGCUUCAGUGGAGAGAACCCGAAAGACACCUGUGGCACCUGCUAUCCGAUGUCCAUUGCAUCCUACAAGAGCAAGUGCUCCAGAAAGAACCUCUGCCUCGGUGAGUGCAAAGGGACCUGGUGUGAAACCAAAUGCGUUAUGAGUGCCGCUGAUCCAGGCAACAUGUGCGGCACAGCAUUCCCCAAAGGCACUGCCGUCAGUGACAGUUACUGCGCUACGUCCAAAGACGCAUGCAGCAGCUGCAAGGGAGAAUGGUGCCGAGCAGGCUACGCAUCCAAUUUCAAAGUUGAAGAGGACAGUUAUGGUCGUGAGGAGAAUGUGUACGUGGCACCAGAAGACACCAAUGGCUUCUGCUGUUAUCGCGGAGAGAAUGGAGCAGAUGGCAUGUGCGGCGCCUGCGCAGAUGUUGCAAAGGAUUCCACAUGCUCCGAAAAGGCCCGCUGCGGAGGCUGUGGUGGGAUGUGGUGCCCUGGGCCCAGGUGCGUCAAAGCCUUCAAAAACAAAGCAGAUCCUUGUGGAAGUGCUUUUCCCGUUUCGGGCAUUGUUGCACCAGAUGAUUACUGCGCCCUCAACGAGAUACAAUGCACGAGCUGCAAGGGUGCUUGGUGCCCAAUCCCCAACAUCACGUAUUCCGACGGCACCGAGUACGACCCGAACAAAGCGUGGCAUGCCCAUGGAGACCAGCGAUUAACGCCGGAGAAUGAAACAGAAACUGCCGAAGCCGAGGCGGAGGUUGAGAAUGAUGACAGCAUCUCGGACCUCUUUCCCGGCGGGCUUGCUGACCACAGCUGGCCGUAA